AUGGCUAGCAGUAUUCCAGCUGGCGUGCGAUCUUCGGACAUCGGGCGCUUUGCGCUGCGUGCUGCGCAAAUCGAGAAGGCAAAGCCGGUCAUCGCAUACUGGUGUAACUACCAUAUCGUGAACCAGAUAAUUGCCCGAGGACUUCACAAUUCAGAUGAUGAAGUCAAGUUAUACACUGCUGAUCUAAUGGACAAGUUGGAACAGUUCAAAACCGAAAACCUAGAGAAUGAGAUAGUAACGGAUAAUGUCGCGGCAAGUGCAUAUGUGGAGCAAUUUGGAGUUGAAGUCUUCAACCGCGCCCAGGCAGCCAUGACUGCCAACAAGGUCACCAAGCAAACAGGUGAUACUUUUUUAGCUGCGGCCACUUUCCUUGAACUGUGUCAGACGUGGGGCGAUAGCGACCCAGAUAUUCUCGGGCGCAUCAAAUUUGCCAAAUACCAUGCAAUCCGCAUAACGAAAGCUAUUAAAGCAGGAGAAGACCCCAAUGCUUCAAAUCCUGUACUGAAGGAAGAAGAGGAAGAGGAGGUCCAGGUUGAGAGUUCGGACGUACAGGCCUUCGACGAGUCAGUGGCUGAACAAGCAGCCAGGCCGAGACAAGCAUCUGUGGAGGAGAUUCCGGACGAGGCGGAUCGCCUUGGACGACAAAUGGCCCACCAAUCAUCGCUGAAUGAGUCUCUUCACCCUUCUCGAACAUCUUCCUUGCCACCCACCUCUACUUCAACACCCGACAUUCCUUCGGUUCCACAAAAUGCGCCGGGUUCCCCGCCGCAGAGAAAGGAGCUGGGUGACCAUUCCAGUGAUCUUGAGCUUCCCUCGACCCCGGGCACAAUUGGAAACUCCACCUUUUUGCCGCAGCUACCCGAUACCCCUGGCUCUAUUAAUGCAAACAAGGCCUCGUCAUUCAAUGCUUUCCAGUCCUUCCCGCCUCCGAGUGCUUCUGUCGCCGCACCCGAUUCAGCCUCGUUCUACGACCCACCGAGUCCCGUUGCUCAUAACCCUGCUCCUUCAGGACCGCCUUCGUUUAACCAUCCUGCAGUUCCGGCACCGGCUGCCUCCAGCCAGCCUUCUCACUCCGUGGAUGAUAAUUCCAUUACCCUUGCUCAGAAACACGCCAGGUGGGCAGUCUCUGCUCUGACAUUUGAUGACGUGGAAACGGCGAUCAAGGAGCUGAAAGCCUCUCUCAAAUUCCUCGGAGUAGAGUGA